AUGAUAGAGGCAGCGUCUUCGUCGACAGCAGUGCAAGCAUUGAAGCUGAAGCAGUUCGGUGGGAAGCAUUCCCGCUCAGGACGUGGAUCACCAGGUUCAAGAUCCCCGAAUCAGCGAGGUGCCGUUCCAGCAACGCCUUGUUGGAACUGUGGCGCCAUGCACUGUUCCAAGGACUGCCCCUUCCUCAAAAAUCGGUGCAAGGAAUGUGGGCAGGUGGGCCACAAAGACGGGUAUUGCUCAAGCGCCAAAAAGGUGAAAUCUCCAGGCAAGCGGUACUCGUCCAAGCCGAUGGUAACCAGAAGCGUGCAGGUGAAGAACGUCCGGAAGCGUAGGAGAUUUGUGAAAGCAGAAGUCAACGGCAGGCAGAUCAGUCUCCAACUCGACACUGCGAUCAGCUCCCUCCAAGCAGCUUUUCCAGCGGUGUUCAAUGAUGAACCAGGGUUGUGCUCGAAGGCCAAGGUGAAGUUCACGUUGAGGGAAUGUAAAUCCUCAGUGUUCCGACCGAAGAGACCAGUGGCUUACGCCAUGUGCAGUACCGGCGAUGCGGAGUUGGACCGGCUGGAACGUGCCAACAUCAUCACACCGGUCGAUUUCUCGGAGUGGGCAGCUCCAAUCGUCGUUGUUCGUAAGGCAAGUGGUGCAAUCCGUAUCUGCGGUGACUACUCCACGGGCCUCAACGAUGCUCUGCAGCCGCAUCAGUACCCACUUCCUCUACCGCAGGACAUCUUCGCUAGGCUGGCGAACUGCAAGGUCUUCAGUCAAAUCGACCUUUCAGAUGCGUUCUUGCAGGUGGAGGUGGAUGAAAGCUGUCGAGAGUUGCUCACCAUCAACACACAUCGAGGUCUCUAUCGGUACAAUCGGCUUCCACCGGGAGUUAAGGCAGCACCCGGAGCGUUUCAGCAGCUUGUGGACACAAUGCUCCCUGGACUCAACUGCACUUCGGGGUAUCUCGAUGAUGUUCUAGUCGGCGGAGUCGACGAAGCGGACCAUUGGCGCAACCUUCAAGCCGUCCUUCGUCGAAUUCAGGAGUUCGGAUUCACCAUCAAAGCGGAAAAGUGCUCGUUUGGCCAGCGUCAAAUCAAGUAUCUGGGACACCUUAUCGACGGGCAAGGUCUGCGUCCGGAUCCAGCGAAAGUUGAAUCUAUCUGCAACAUGCCAGCACCGACAGACGUUUCUGGAGUUCGAUCGUUUCUGGGAACGAUCAAUUACUACGGGAAAUUCGUCCCGAGUAUGCGUACGUUGCGAUAUCCGCUGGAUGAGCUUCUCAAAGCCGACAAGAAGUUCGUUUGGUCAGUGGAAUGCGACAAGGCCUUCUCCACCUUCAAGCAGAUUCUCACUUCAGAUUUGCUUCUGACGCACUACAACCCGCAACGCGAGAUAGUGGUAGCAGCGGAUGGGUCAUUGGUUGGAGUUGUUGCGACCAUUAGCCACAAGUUUCCAGACGGGUCGAUUAAGGUCGUGCAGCACGCUUCUAGAGCACUGACAGCCGCCGAGCAAGCCUACAGUCAGCCAGACCAGGAAGACUUCGUCGUAGCCAGCAUCAUCACGGAGAAUGAUGUAAGAUCCAUUGCAUUAGAUGCAGUUAACGCACUUCCUCUCAGUUUCAGGGCAAUACAGCACGCCACCCGUUUCGACCCUGUACUUAGCAAGGUCUACCGCUUCGUCCAGCAAGGUUGGCCACAGUUAAAAACGGCAAUUUCGGACCGUGAGAUCCAGCAAUUCUUCAACCGAAGUGAUUCGCUAUCUACGGUUCAAGGGUGCGUGAUGUUUGCUGAACGUUUAGUGAUUCCGACCGAUUUCCGGAUGCGUUGCCUACACCAUCUCCAUCGUGGUCAUCCGGGUAUCCAGCGCAUGAAAGCGAUUGCGCGCAGCUUCGUUUACUGGCCGUCUAUCGACUCGGAUAUCGCUGCGCAUGUGAAAGCGUGCCGUCACUGUGCAGUUGCAGCCAAGAGUCCACCCAAAGCACCGCCACUGUCGUGGCCCAAGUCAACGUAUCCAUGGCAGCGCGUCCACAUCGACUACGCUGGGCCUAUCGAAGGAGAGUACUUCCUGCUUAGCGUCGAUUCGUACUCGAAAUGGGUGGAAAUCGUCAGAACCAAGUCGAUAACAGCCACUGCAACCAUCGGAAUCCUACGAAGUCUCUUCGUUCGCCUUGGUAUGCCAGAAACGCUAGUCAGCGACAACGGUACGCAGUUCACCAGUGCCGAGUUCGCACAAUUCUGCCUCGAGAACGGUAUCGAUCACGUGACAACUGCGCCGUUUCAUCCGCAGUCCAACGGCCAAGCUGAGCGUUUCGUGGACACCUUCAAGCGAGCGGUCAAAAAGAUUCGAGAGGGGAGAAGAUCAAUUCAGGAAGCACUGGAUACUUUUCUGUUGACCUACCGAACCACACCAAACCUGUCAGCACCACAAAGCCGAUCUCCGUCCGAACAAACGGCAGCAGCAGUAUGA